UGGUUGGAGACGAUAUCGGGAGACCAUCAGCCACCCACGCCAGUACCUCUGCCUCAGUGAAGAUGAAGUCAUCCUCUACUGCAGGUUGUCCCCGCUCAGCUGCUAGGCUCUGACUAGAGAUGACUACAUUGACUGCUGACGACGUAGUAAAAGACCAGUCUGCGAUGUCUGCCAUCAUCUCGCCCUCUGCAGCGUUGUUCUCAGGAACCGUCUGCUUCUUCUCCUGCUCAUCUCCAUAGCCUGCAUCACCCUACGGGUGAUGGUGUCAGCAAAAUCUUCAACAUUGAGGGCCUCUGCGUUUGUAAUCGGACGCUGCUGCGUGAUGACUGCAACUGACUCGUCUGUCGACAUCGCUGACGACGUAGCGUUUUCAGAUGCCAAAGGGUUCUCAGCUGACAUCUGCUUCUGCUGCAACUGCUGCGGUAGACUGCCAACAGGAAGAUGUAACAUCUUUGACGAUCUCACAGCAUCACUGCCAAGGGUAGACUGCAACGAUGACAUCGGUGACGUCAUACUUCUAAUCUGCGCUGACAAGUUCUCAGCACUAGAUAUUCUCUGCGACGCUGCAAGGAAGACCUCAGGCUGCAACACUGGAGGUCCCAAAGGACUGGAACCAUCUACUUCAGCACCAGGCGCCCCAACAUUUGUUGAAGGCUCAAAUUCUUCAAUCACAUGUGAAAAAUUUUGUAAGUCAGAUAUUUCACAAUUCAACAGAUAUAUGAAGUCAUAAAUUCAAUAUAUACACAUGAUUAUACACAAUAAUCAAACAUCAAGAUAUAUUCAACCUGUAAACCAGCCAA